GGUGGUAACGUUUUGCCCUUUGGCAGUGACGUACAACCUCUUUACGCUGGAAUAGCAGUUGCCAUCAUCGGCGGUCUCUGCAUCUCCAAGAUCUCCAGCAACAGGUCGGACAAGAAGAAUGACGAACCCAACGGACUGAUCAGUUCCUUCUUCCUCUUCUUCUACUCGUCCUUCAUAAAGCCCCACCAACCCGACAAGGGCAACCAGCGGGAUGCCCUCGAGAGCUUCUACAAGAAGCAAGCUGGGGCAUAUGAUUCCACGCGCAAAUACCUUCUCCGUGGCCGUGAAGACAUGCUUGCCCUUGUCUCGGCUCAGCUCAAGGCUAAGCUAGAGGCUUCCGGAAAGGAGAAUGAGAGCCAGAAGCGCAUUUGGAUCGACAUUGGCGGGGGUACUGGCUGGAACAUCGAGGCCAUGUCCGAGUUCGUCAAUGUCCCCGAAUUCUUCUCCAGCAUCUACCUUGUCGACUUUUCUCCCUCGCUCUGCGAAGUGGCCAGGAAGCGUUUCGGGAGACUUGGCUGGAAGAACGUCAUCGUAGUCUGCGAGGAUGCGAGGAAGUUCCGCCUCGAGGACUACGAGCCUGACAUUGCCAUCGCUGAGCACCUCUUGCAAUCCCCGUCUCUAAGCUACCUCAAGCCGCGUCCCGAGCACGGCGGCGCCGACCUCAUCACCAUGUCUUAUAGUCUUUCCAUGAUUCCCGACUACUACUCCGUCGUCGACUCCGUCGCGUCUCUGCUGUCUCCUCACGGUAUCAUGGGUGUCGUCGACUUUUACGUGCAGAACAAGGCGGAUUUCGCCUUCCGCAACUAUACCGGAGGUCUUGUGGACCGUCAUGUCAACUUCAUGCCUCGAAGCUUCUGGCGUUCGUGGUUCGACCUUGACCGUGUCGGUCUGGAGUCCAGCCGCCGCGACUAUCUCGAGUACAAGUACGGAACGAUUCUCAACUUGAACCAGCGCAACAACUCUCUGGGCUUCAUCCCCUACUACGUGUGGGUUGGAUGCCACAGGAAGCCCUUCUCAUCCUCCAGCCUGCCCCACGAGAUUGUCGAGCGCAUCGACGCCUUGGCCACCGAGUCGCCCUACUUGUACCCCAUCAACCCUGCCAAGCAGGGUGAUGCUCUCACACGCGCUAUCGAGCGAUCUGCUCCCGAGAUUCGGUCCAAGGCCUUCCUGACGGCCGUGUCCAACCUGUCUGCCAACCUGCCUCUUCCGGCCUUCUUCUACCAGAAUCACCACUGGCGCAUCUACUACGAUGACCAGCUUCAGAAGCACAAGCAGUUCAACGACGAGUACAUCUACGCCUUUACCUGGGAGGACACACGUGUUGACGAGAGGAUCCUCAACCUCGGACCCGACGACAAGGUGCUGGCCAUCACUUCUGCCGGUGACAACAUCAUCUCGUACCUGACGCAGAGCCCUGCCCGCGUCCACGCUGUCGACCUGAACCCGACCCAGAACCACCUGCUCGAACUCAAGGCCGCCUCGUACGUCGCCCUGCCCUACGAGGACUUCUGGUGCAUCUUUGGCGAGGGCAAGCACCCGGACUUCCGCAGGCUGCUCAUCACAAAGCUCUCCCCCCACCUGUCCAGCCGUGCCUUCCAGUACUGGAUGAAGAACAGUCACGUCUUCCAUAACAACAGCGGCUACGGCCUGUACGACACCGGAGGUUCCCGACACGCCAUCCGCGUCUUCCGAUGGGUUUCGCGCAUCUUUGGUCUCCAGGGCGUCGUCAGGAAGAUGCUUGAUGCCCCCACGCUCAAUGAGCAGCGUGAGAUCUGGCGCGGCAAGAUUCGCCCCGCCCUUUUGUCCAAGAUGGUAUGCGAUCUGGUUGUUUCGCAGGAGUCGUUCCUCUGGAGCGCCUUGGGCGUUCCUAAGAACCAGCUGGCCAUGAUCGAGGCCGACCACGCCAAGUCCUCCGUUGUGUGCGGGCCCAACCCAACGGCCAAGAAGUCACGCUCCCACGCCAUCUGGCACUACAUGGUCAACACUCUGGACCCCGUGGCCGAAGAGACGCACAUUGCCAGGGACAACCCCUACUACUACGUCACGUUGGCCGGCCAGUUCUCGCCCAAGUGCCAGCUCGACUACCUGACGCCCCAGGCACACGCCAAGCUGUCGCGCCCCGGCGCCCUGGAUGGGCUGCGCAUCCACACCGAUGAGCUCGAGGAGGUCAUCUCGCGCAUCAUGCCGGGCACCUUGACUGUCGCCGUCAUCAUGGACAGCAUGGAUUGGUUCGACAAGGGUUCGUCCGCGGCGGCCGCUCAGAUCAGCAAGCUCAACCGCGCCCUCGCCAUGGGUGGCCGCGUCCUCCUGCGCACCUCGGCGCUCGAGCCGUGGUACGUCGAGGUCUUCAAGGCUCACGGCUUCGAGCCCAAGUGCCACGGUUCCCGCACCGACGGGGCCUGCAUCGACCGCGUCAACAUGUACGCCAGCUGCUGGGUCUGCACCAAGAUGGCCAACCUCGCUCCCCCUACUCCCGAGAUGGACUCUAUCACCGGUUCCGAGAUGCCGUCUCUGACAAUAUAA